AUGCGAACUUCACGGGGCUUUGAUCCUACCUCGGUGAACCUGACCGACCCUGAUAUUGACUUGAAAGAAAUCAUAUGCAGCCUUCAAGUUAGCGAGAAUGAGUAUAACGGGAAUCUUGGUGCGAGAGUAUCAUCAAUCUUCGUCAUCUUCGUCGUCUCCACCGCCGUUACUCUCUUUCCCGUGAUAGCUCGUCAAAAGCCUACCUGGCGCAUCCCUGCCGGGCUUUACAUCUUCGCUCGCUAUGUUGGAACCGGCGUCAUCAUCGCAACAGCCUUUAUCCAUCUUCUUGAUCCGGCGUAUGAGGCAAUUGGCGGCACAUCAUGUGUUGGGUUGACAGGCUACUGGGCUGAGUUCCCAUGGUGUCCAGCUCUUGUUCUGCUUGGGGCAGUCAUGACCUUUCUUACCGAGCUGGGAGCCAAAUGCUAUAUUGAUGCGAAAUAUGGCGUCCAGACAGAGCGGGAGAUUAGAAAGAUAGUGGUGAGGCAGCCUGAUCCUGCUACACACAGCCCCUGUGGCAUGCUGGAGCCUUCCUGUGGUCAGCUCAAAACCAAUCCUGACGAGAAGCCUACGGAUCUGUCAGAGCUGGGAGACAGGGAAUCUCUCGAGAGAAUGGCGUAUCUGCAGCAGAUUGGUGCUUUUCUCAUCCUCGAGUUCGGCAUCAUAUUUCAUUCCGUCAUUAUCGGAUUGAAUCUGGGUGUUGUCGGCGAAGAGUUCAACACCCUGUACCCCGUUCUUGUGUUCCAUCAGUCCUUUGAAGGCCUUGGAAUUGGCGCGCGAAUGGCCUCAAUCCCAUUCCCGGGCAAGAGGAACUGGCUACCCUGGCUACUCUGUCUUGCCUACGGACUCACGACACCGCUGUCGAUUGCCAUUGGUCUCGCGUUGAGAACAACCUACGAACCAAACUCUUUUACUGCCAAUGUCGUCUCUGGAGUUCUUGAUUCCCUAAGCGCCGGCAUUCUCAUCUACACUGGAUUUGUUGACCUGCUUGCGCGCGACUUUCUCUUUGAGUGCGACAGGACGAGACACGCAAGGCAGUUGGUUCGAAUGGUAUCCUAUACUCUGCUUGGAGCAGGUGUUAUGGCGUUACUGGGAAAGUGGGCUUGA